AUGGCUUUCGAAAGAAUUAAAACAACUGCUCCACAAGUCCUACAAUUAUGGUCGAACAUAUCUGAAAUCGAGUGGGUUGAAUCGCAAUUACCAGCGCAGGCGGAAUAUUAUGAAGACUUGCAAAAGAAGGUCAAGUCAAAACGAGACGAUCUGGAACAAAUCAGAAAAAAAAUUAGAGAAUUCGAAGAUAUAAAUUUUACGAUCAAGAGGUUAAUCGCAACAGUAACAUUUCAGCGGGGGAGAAAUGAAGAAAUGGACUAUUCAACUCUAUUUGAGAAAGGACAAGAAGAAAAGGCAGCGCUUGUAAAACUGGAAAGCGAACUGCAAGAGGCUACUCAAUCGCACAAUACAUUAGUCAGUAAAAAGCAGCAAUUAGACGCUUUUCGAACACAAUUAUAUCAACUCUACGACUCAAUAUUUGCCGGUUUAACGCCAGAAUUCCCGUCCGAAGAUGCGUUAGAAGACGAAGCGAAUUCAUUGUAUGCACAAUUCAAUCAGAUUGAAUCAGACCUAACCCGUUAUAAAACAGCUGUAAACCACAUUGAAAGCGCAAGAAAAAAACUCCAAGAAGCAAUUGAAUGUUUGCGUAAGGCCCUUGGCUAUAAUGCGUGGGACCUAUUUUUUAAUAGUACUAUUGCCAAUUUCUUUGAACAUAGGGCAUUGAUAGAUGCGCGGAAUUACGCAAAACAAACUCAAGAACAAAUAGACAAAGCGAAACAAUGUAUACCAGAGGCUUCACGCAUUGGUGAAUUGAAC